AUGAAGAAGGCCGCCUUGCAGAUCAUCGCAGGCCAGCUCAGCGAGGAGAAGAUCAAGGCCCUGCGAGAGAUUUUUGUGGCACUGGACGCCAAUGGCGACGGCUGCCUCGCGGCAGAUGAACUUAGGGAUGGGAUGGCCAAGGCCUCCCUUGGCGAAUUAUUGUCCAAGGUGGACCUCGACGCCAUCAUCGAAGGCGUGGAUGCGGAUGGCAGUGGCAUGAUCGACUAUACAGAGUUCCUGGCUGCUACGCUUGACCGGAAGUGUUACUUGCAGGAGGAUGUUUGCUACAAUGCCUUCAGUGUCUUCGACCAAGAUGGAGAUGGCCAGAUCACUUUGGAGGAGCUGAAGACGAUCCUUGACAACGGCAAUAUGGACGAGGAUGCCUUGGGAAGCAAAACAUCUGAGGACAUUCUCAAGGCAGUGGAUGCCAAUGGCGACGGCUCCAUUGAUUUCCAGGAGUUCAUGGACAUGAUGCGUGGUGACAAAGCUCCCGCUUUGGAUAUCAAGGCAGUUCCCACGCAGGCUCUCUGA